UGUCCCAACACCGCACUGUGCCCCAGAAGUGGCCAGCAGCAGGUCCGGCUCCUAGGCAGGGAGGGGGGCAUGGGUACUCCAUGUGCUGCCCGAGCACCGGCUCCGCACUCCCAUUGGCUGGUAAUCAGCUAAUGGGAACUUGUGGGGGGAGGCAGCGGUGGUGCCUGCGGGCAAGAGCCACGUGGAGCCGAUUGUGUACCUCCACCUAGGAGCUGGACCUGCUGCUGGCCACUUCCAGCGUGCAGCGCAGUCUGCGGUGCCAGGACAGGUGGGAAGCCUGUCUCUGCUUCCCAGCUGCACCACUCACUGGGACUCGCUGGAGGUAAGCCCGUGCCCCAGUUCCCAGCCCUGAGCCUCACUCAAACCUGGAGCCCCCUCCUGCACUCCAAACCCCUCAUGCCUGGCUCCACCCCAGAGCCUUCACCCCCAGACCAGAGCUCCCUCCCACACCUUAACCCCUCACCCCCAGCUCCAUUGGGUUGCGGGAAUCAACAAUUUUCUUCAACUGGGUCACCAAAAAAAAAGUUUGAAAACCACUGCUUUAGAGAACAUGCAAAGCUGUAGCCCACAGAUCUGUCUGAUAACUGGCAAAAUAAUGAGGCAAAACCAGCUCUGCAGUAACAAUGUAAUCAUCAACCCAUGACUCCCAUUCCUUAUGAGACAACAAUACUUUCUGAGUUUUAAUUCACUGUGUUCAGUGGCUGUGUGUAAUACUCUGAGAAUUCAGAAUACAAAUUGUGCCAUAAAAUAUCAGUGUUUGUAAGCUUAUUUAGAUACUAGCUAUGGGAACACUCAAAUGAUAUGGGGAAGGGGAGUGAUCAGGAAAUCAUGAUCUAAUUUUGAUUAUUUUUCAUGUAAAAACAUGUCUACAUUUCAUUGUGCAGAUUGCCAAUGGUUGUGUGGGGCUUUAAGAGUUGCUUUUCUGGAUUCAUAAUAACUGAGAAGCAAAUCCCAUCUGUUCCCAUCAACAGAAAAUUCUACUUGCUAAAGCCCAUUUACCAUAAUCUGUGACUUUUCUAAUGAAAUUCUGCAAUUCUAUGGCUUGUGUUAUGAAGGUUACUAGAUAAUUGUGCCUCUGUCCUUAAAAUGUAUGAAACACAUGGUCAGGGAGUUGUGUGAACCAUGGGCCUGAUUCAGCACCCCUUACAUGAAUAUUUUCAUUGAACUCAGUGAAACUACUCAUCUGAGUAUAGAACUGCAGGAUUGGGCCCCAUGACAAUGCUGUUGCAUACAUAGAUAUCACAAUAGAUAUGUUCAGCAGCAUUGUUAAUAUACAAAAUGCCAAAUUUUAUUUAUUACAAAUCUUCAGAGGUACAUACACGCAUUACUCAAUCAGGGCUUAGUGGGAGAAACUUGUAUUCAUAUAUUAUUAGUCAGGAAAAUGCAUAGAAACUUUAGACAGUACUGGUUAUUGCAAGAAAAAUCCUUUCCAAAGAAACACAUGAAUUUUUAGUCUAAACCUAUUUUUCAAAUCUAACUCCUGUUCAACAGUUACUGAAAACUAGAGAUGGACUCAAGACAGAAUUCAGAUUCAUAAUUGGAUUAGAAUCUUUGUGUCUGGGGUAUUCAGGCUUAUUUGGAUUUAGCGUGCCUUAAUAGAGCCCAAGCCAGGAAUUUCCAAAUUAAUUCUAUGUUCAGCUGUAAAUUUCCCCAAAGUCUGGAGAGAAGAUGGGGUUUGGAACUGUUUUCAUAGUUUGGCCCCAUAUAUAUGAAACUCUGUCAGGUCCCAAGGACUUUUUAUUCAUUCCAGGACUUGUGUGUGUGUGUGUGUGUGUGUGUGUGUGUGAAAUAACUAUAUAUCUAUCAAAUAUUAAAUCACUAGUCCUGGAAUGAAUGAAUUGGUAGUGUUUCAGUACAGUCUCUUCAAACAAAAACUUCCCUGUUUGGAGUUGUGCUGUCCUUUCCUGAUAUUGUGAACUACAUCUCCCAGAAACCUUUGCAACAGGGCUUCCGAGACUGUAGUUCCUUUUGGACUCUGGCAUUCGCAGGGAUUGCAAGUCUCAAGAAGAGCCAAAGCUUCUGACAAUUCCUGUGUCACACAGCUGGUAUUUUGCAUUAAGCUGAAUUCCUCCUCCAACACUCAAUGGCAGUGAGUAUAAAGGUCUUGCCUUCUCCCAAGUGUUUGUUUGAUGAUCCCAUUCAGAUUAAAGUGGAGGGUCUCUUACCGCUGCAGGAGGUCACUCUGAGGGCAUCCCUGACUGAUGAGAAUGGGGAACUUUUCCAAUCCUUUGCCUACUACAGGGCUGAGAGCAAUGGAGAGCUGGACCUGACAUGCUCCUCAGCCCUGGCUGGCAGCUACUCUGGGGUAGAACCCAUGGGACUGCUGUGGUCACUGGAAUCUGAGACACCCUUCAAACGCUUGGCAAAGAAGAAUGUCCUCACCCCUUUCUAUGUACACGUGGAAGUGUUUGAGGGCCACGAUAUCACCAGCCAGCUCCUGGACAAAUGCAUUAAUGAGCGGAAAUUUUUGGGAGAGGGGGUGAAAAGGAUUCCGGUCAGAGAAGGUCGGCUUAAGGCAACUCUCUUCCUGCCUCCUGGAUCUGGUCCAUUCCCAGGACUUAUCGACUUGUAUGGAACCGGAGGAGGUCUUGUUGAGUACAGAGCAAGUCUUUUGGCUAGCAGGGGCUUUGUUACACUAGCUCUCGCUUAUUUAGCCUUUGAAGAUAUCCCAGCUCUCCCAGACAUCCUCGAACUGGACUAUUUUAGGGAGGCUGUGGAGUUUUUGCAGAAGCAACAGCAGGUGAAAGGUACCGGGAUCGGAGUUUUGGGCUUAUCUAAAGGGGCAGAUCUAGCCCUUUCUCUGGCCACAUUUCUGCGAGGCAUCCAAGCAGCUGUCAGCAUUUCUGGAUGUGGUGUUAAUUCCUUUAUCCCCCUGCGUGUUAAUGGUUUCACUAUUCCUCCCCAUCCGUGUGACUUUGGGAGGAUGAAGACUGUCGGUGAAUUUGGAAUGAUGGAUUAUUCAGAAGUCCUGGACGAUCCUAGGGACCCAGACACUUGGGCCUGCCGCAUCCCAGUAGAGAAAUCCCCUGCCAAGCUCCUCUUUUUGUCGGCGCAGGAUGACAGAAACUGGAAAAGUGAGCUCUACUGCCGAGAAGUUGUUCACCGCCUUAGACAGUGUGGGCGAGAUGUGGAGUUUUACUGUUAUCCUGGGGCAGGGCACCUCCUGGAGCCACCGUAUUUGCCUUUGUGUCAGGCCUCAAUUCAUAAGCUGCUUGGGGCAUGCAUGCUGUGGGGAGGGCAGUGGAGAGAGCACGCCCGGGCACAGGAGGACGCAUGGCACAGGAUACAGGUCUUCUUUCGGCAACACUUGCUGGACUCUGAUGCCAUCAAGAGUAAUCUAUAGGGGUGAGAUUGCCAUGGUGCCUGAGGGAGUUAGGUAGCCAACUCCUGUUGAGAGUCAAUAGGAAUUGGUCCUGGCACUGGUAGGGUAAAGAUUAUUUUCAAAAUACCUAUUACUCUUUAGUCUUCAUCUUCUAUUCUCUUCUCAAACUGCACGCCCGCUUUCCUGUUUAGCUUUCCUACAGCUCUGCUGAUUUUAUACUAAUUUGGAGUUGAAUUUUAGGGUCCUGUAGACUCAGGUAUAUUGUUGAUAGGCACAGUGUGAUUUGUCCUUAUACUGCUGCAGUACCAGAGGUCAGUCCUUGUAUUGAACAGAAGUGGUCUAUCGUGCCAAAUUGGUUUUGUGGUGUGGUAUGUUGGCCACUUAUCUCCUAGCUCAGUUCCUUUGUAACAUAGGAUCUGGAUCCCCAGGGGUGCUUAGCACCCAUAACUCAUGUCCAGGAUGAGACCCUUAAUGGAGUCUAGACAUGAAUACAGGUUUAAGGUGAAACACUAAUGCCAUCGUCCACAUCUCCUCAGCACUGGGACAAUUUACUGAUUCUUGGUGUAUCGCUUUCUCCUGUUCCAUGAUAAUAAAAAUUCCACUAUUCUAGCGUCAGGCAGCACCCCAUCAUCAAUGAGUAGGCAACCACCUCUGCAAUGGAGUGUUGGGGGCAGUUAUACUCUUUUUUUUUUUUUUUUUUUUUUCCCUGCCUCAGAGAUAAUCAGACCACGAGAAAUGAAGUUUGCAGAGGUUACACUGUGUUUAUCAACUUCUGCUUUAGGUAUGAUUCAUUUGAGAUGGAAGUGUCUAAUGUAUUAAUCAGUAAAUGCAUGGCAAAUGUAUGUACAA